AUGACCACCACUGCUGAAGUCGGUAACGCAGAGAUCUAUAGUCCCCUCAAGGUCCUCAAGCAUCCUGAUUUCCGUGUGCUUGCGGCUGGAGAGAAACCAAGUUCGGAUGCCAACAUCGCUGCCUUCUACAAUCCCCAACACGAAAUCCAUCUUGUCGAGAAACCAAAACCCAAACCAGGUCCAGGUCAAGUGCUUCUUCAUGUUCGUGCUACUGGAAUCUGCGGGAGCGACGUGCAUUUCUGGCAACACGGAAGAAUUGGAGACUCGAUGGUAGUCACUGAUGAGUGCGGUUCGGGUCAUGAAUCCGCUGGUGAAGUUGUCGAAGUUGGCGAAGGCGUUACGCAGUGGAAAGUGGGCGAUCGUGUUGCGAUUGAGGCAGGCGUACCUUGCUCUCAACCAGCGUGUGAUGCUUGCCGCACCGGUCGAUAUAACGCUUGUCCAGAUGUGGUUUUCUUCUCCACCCCCCCUUUCCAUGGUACCCUUACUCGCUGGCAUCUUCAUCCAGCCCAGUGGCUCCACCGUUUGCCAGACAACGUCACCUUCGAAGAAGGAUCUCUCUGUGAACCGUUGGCAGUUGCACUGGCCGGUAUCGAGCGGUCCGGUCUCCGACUUGGAGAUCCUGUCCUGAUCUGUGGGGCUGGACCGAUAGGCCUUAUAUCCCUGCUUUCUGCUCGUGCUGCAGGAGCAGAACCUAUCGUUAUUACUGAUCUAUUCCAAAGCCGACUUGAUUUCGCAAAGAAACUUGUCCCAGGUGUUCGCACGGUCCUGAUCAAACGUGGUACCACAUCGAAAGAACAAGCACAGGAAAUCAAGGCUGCCGGUGAUGGCCCACUUAAACUGGCACUGGAAUGUACUGGGGUCGAGAGUAGUGUUCAUACUGCCGUCCACUCAAUGCAAUUUGGCGGCAAGGUAUUUAUCAUCGGUGUUGGCAAGAAUGAGCAAGUGUUCCCCUUCAUGCAUCUCAGCGCCAACGAGAUCGACGUAAGCUUCCAAUACCGAUAUGCAAACCAGUACCCCAAGGCUAUUAGAUUGGUAGCUGGAGGCCUCAUCAAUAUCAAGCCAUUGGUGACGCAUAGAUUUGCACUCGAGGAUGCUGUGGAUGCCUUCCAUGUCGCAGCAGACCCAGCUCAGGGUGCUAUCAAAGUUCAGAUUCAAGAUUAA